AUGCGCUUCGGCCUCCCUCCUUUUCCCUUUUACCCCGACUCCUGCUCCGAACCAGCCACAGAACAAGGCGAAACCACCUUCUUUCCCUUCGGCUACCUUCGGCAUUUCCCGCUCUUUGGGCGUGGUUUUCCAGCGAUACUUUCUAAUUGGUUCUUCAUUCUCAUCGGCUUUUUCCGGAAGGGGCCGCAAACAAGAGACCCGAAAGCAGGCGGGCGCGGGCUCGGCGGGCGAUUCCCAGACGCCUGUUAUGCGGGCGGCGGGGCUCUGGGUGGUGUAAGGCUGGGUGGGGGAGGAAGGAGGCGGAGAACGAGUAGGAAGGGGGAGGGGGAGUGGGGAAGCGCUAAGCGGCUGCGCAGACGGUGCUCCUUACACAGAGCAGCCCCCGACCCGGGCGAAUGCGGGCUUGUGGUGCUGCUGCUGCUGCCGCCGCCGCCGCCGCCGCCGCCGCUGCUGCCGCCGCCGCCGCCCGGGCCGACUGACAAAGGAAGGAAGGAAGCAACCGAGGAGCCGGCCUUGCAGCCGCUGACAGGGCUCCGGGCUGGGGCAAAGCGCGGACACUUCCUGAGCGGGCACCGAGCAGAAGCGAGAGGCGGAGGGCGGCCGCGCCGGUGCCGUGGACAGGGGAGGGGGCCCCGAGGGACGGAAGCGGUUGCCGGGUUCCCAUGUCCCCGGCGUAUGGGGAGCAGUCAAGGAGCCGCUGCCUGGGUUCUGAAGGGAGCUGCCUCCGCCGCCGCCACCACCACCACCGCCGCCGCCGCCAUGGCCGCUGGAUCCAGCCACCGCCUGCAGCUGCUCCUGGCGCAAUGAGGAGAGGAGCCGCCGCCACCGCCCGCCUCUGACUGACUCGCGACUCCGCCGCCCUUCAGCUCGCCGGGCCCCGCCGUCAGCCCGCCGAAUCCCGCCGCUGCCCGGGCCGCAGCGUUUCCCGGCCGUCGCACCCGAGCCACCCCUCCGCCCUCCUUCCCAUCCCCCUUCUCGUCAAGCGUGAGCCUCGUGAUCCUUCCGCCGCUUCCCUUCUUCAUUGACUCGGAAAAAAAAUCCCCGAGGAAAAUAUAAUAUUCAGAGUACUUAUUUUCAAUCAAGUAUUUAUCCUCGUUUCACGUGAUAUAUAUUUUUUAAGGAGCUCCCUCCCCCACCCUUUUCCUCCUCUCCCAGGAAAGGGAGGUGAAAUAAUUGUAUUUUUUCCCCCAGUCCCGGAUCAUCUAUAUGUUAAAUAUCCGUAGCAAUCUGUCUUGAAGGAGAAAUACAUCGCUCGUUUUUUUUUUUUUUUUUAGUAGCUAUACAAAAGCCAAGAUUUCGAAGGCUUUUUCUUUUUCUUGUGGGAGAACUUAAUGCUGCAUUUAUCAUUAAGCUAACACUCCAACAUAAAACAAAAGGAAGAAAAGGAAGGAAGGAAAAGGUGAUUCGGGAACAGCGAUCAUGUCAGGGCGGCCCAGAACCACCUCCUUUGCGGAGAGCUGCAAGCCAGUGCAGCAGCCUUCAGCUUUUGGCAGCAUGAAAGUUAGCAGUGAGUAUCGAUUUUAUUUUACACCCCUUCUCCACCUCCCUCUUCAAAUAAGAAACCUCGGAAAUACCAGGAUCUUAAACUCUUAGGCCUCCUGAUGGAACAAUCAGAUAGGCAUUGAAAGAGGGCAGAACCUGUCUUCACUCAAGGAUGAAGCAGCUCCUUCCUUUCUUGUCUUCCCGUCCCUCCUCCCCGGUCUCAUUAACCUUGAAUGGAGAGAAUACGGUUGUUAUUCGGAUGAUUUAAUUGGAAACUAAUUUUCUUUCUUACACUUUGCUUGUUGUUGGUAGUCAGCUUUAUCAAGUCCUCGAGUGUUUCCACGUUAAAAUUGUGAUUGAAGAGUUUUCUUGCCCAUCUUUUUGAGUAAAGAGGACAAGACUUGGCUCAUAAUCCAUGAUGUGCAUUUGCAGAAUGUGCCUUCUGGAAUGAAGGUGGAUACUGUAGUUAGUUCAGGUCUCAGGGAUUAGAAUUUAU